AUGACAGACAAGGUGGAGUCCGAGGCCAAAACGGCGGCCUCGCUGGUUAAAAAGGGUUCUGCAGUGGUAUUUAUGCAAAAUGACGUUGCAAUUCCCAAAGUGGAAGUGUGGGCAAUGAAUGCCCCAGCAGUCAAAAGCGAUCCGGAUCUGAUGUUUGCUCUCUGCUCCGUUGAGCCAUCAUCGACUGCCACAAAACUAUUGUUGAAGCAGAAGGUGCCUCCCAGCGAUGAGGUUUUUGAGGCAUCGGUCAACCAAGUGUUCAAUGCAAAUACAAACUUGGACCCCAUGGCGUACAACGACAUUGGAACUAUCCCUCAUCAGAACAUCCCGUGUGUCUUGGAUUUCUUGCGAGUUCGCUACAUGAACAAGGCAAUGUAUACAGCAGUUGAGCCCCUAAUUGUUGCCAUUAAUCCUUUUCAGGAUCUGGGUAACGGGACAGCGGAAGUUAUUGCCCAAUACCGUGAUGCAGCCGAUUGCGACAAACUGCCGCCGCACAUAUUUCAGGUAUCAAGACGCGCAGUGGAGAAUCUACACGGGGUGAAGAAAAGCCAAACAAUUGUCGUAUCAGGAGAGUCUGGAGCCGGGAAAACAGAAACAACCAAGCAAUUGAUGAAGUACUUCGCCAGCGCCCGGUCGGGAAAUUUGGAUGCGCGGAUCCAGCAGGCUAUUAUGGCGGCAAAUCCUGUGCUUGAGGCUUUCGGCAAUGCGAAGACGGUCCGCAACAACAACAGCAGUAGGUUCGGGCGCUUCAUGCAGCUGGAUGUGGCCAAAGGAGGAGGCAUUCGCCACGGCUCCGUUCUCGCGUUUCUGUUGGAGAAAAGCCGAAUCCUUACCCAAGACCGGAACGAGCGUUCGUACCACAUCUUUUACCAAAUGCUCAAAGGAAGCUCCCCGCAAAUGAAAGAACGGUACAAGCUGCUAGACUGUAGCAAGUACCAGUUCCUCAACCCACACUGCGUAGACGCGCCCGGGGUCGACGAUCUCAGUGAAUUUGAAUCGGUGGUCAAGGCAUUCGAGUCCAUGGGCUUGAAGGAGGAGCAGCGUCACACUAUAUGGUCCGUGGUGUCAGGAGUUUUGCUGCUUGGCAACGUGGCAACAGUCGGUAAGAAAGAAGGCGGAGUGGAGAAUGCUGCCGUUAUAGCUGGCGAAAGUGCUCGCGUGCUAAAGGACGCCUGUGACCUCCUGUUUCUGGAUUCUGAGCGCAUCAUGAGGGAGUUGACCGUAAAGGUUACUUAUGCUGGAAACAACAAAAUCGAAGGACGCUGGACAGUUGAAGACUCCGACAUGUUGCGUGGCUCUCUGGCGAAGGCGGUGUACGAGAAGCUGUUUCUAUGGAUCAUUCAAGCGCUUAACUCCACUAUAGAGCCAGCAGGAGGAUUUCAAACAUUUAUGGGGCUUCUGGAUAUUUUUGGUUUCGAAGUCUUCCAGAACAACUCUCUGGAACAGUUGUUCAUCAACAUUACCAACGAAAUGCUUCAGAGCACGUUUACCGAGGUAGUGUUUGCUCGAGAGAGCGCUCUUUACAAAAGCGAAGGAAUUAUAGCGAAAGACAUCGAGUUCACCACCAACAGCGACGUGAUAAGCGUGUUGAUUGACAAGGGUAACUCCAUCCUCAGCAUCCUCGAAGACCAGUGUUUGGCACCUGGAGGCAGCGACGAAAAGCUCGUUAGCGCUUGCUGUACGAAGCUCAAAUCUUCUUCAAAGUUUGUGCCUGCCAAACUUGAUUCUCACAGCGCUUUUAUGGUGAAGCAGUCAAUAGGGACAAUCAAAUACAAUGCACAAGGGUUCAUUUUCAAGAAUAAGGACGUUCUACGGCCGGAGAUGGUCGAAGUCGUGCAGGCUUCGGGGAACCCAGUGGUACGGGCUCUUUUUGAAGGUGUGAAGGUUGAAAGGGGAAAGAUGGCGAAGGGAUCUCUGAUCGGGUCACAGUUCCUAGCGCAGCUCAACAAACUAAUGUCACUGAUAGGGUCAACAGAAGCCCACUUCAUCAGGUGUGUAAAGCCCAACGAAGAGAAAAAGCCCUUGGUUUGGGUCCAAAGCAAAGUGCUCAUUCAAUUGCAUGCCCUCUCGAUUAUCGAAGCUCUGCAACUUCGUCAGCUUGGAUACUCUUAUCGGCGGCAAUUCCAGGAAUUUGUGGAGCAGUUCCAGUUCAUCGACUUGACUGCGGCAAGUAUGGCCGACAAACGAGCCGCUACAGAGGCAAUAAUUGCUUCGGCAAACCUCCAAAGCGGCGCCUACGCGUUGGGAAAAACCAUGGUAUUCUUGAAGCCAGAGAGUGCAAAGUACUUAGUCCACUUGCAACGCACGCGUCUGUCUGCGUGGGGUCCUCUCAUUGGAGUCAUAGAGGCCAUCUACGUGCAGAAGAAACUGCAUACCAAGAAACAAGCAUUUUCAAUAUGCUCGAGGAUAUGCGCACAUGCACGAAGAAAGCUAGACCAGCAAGUAUGA